UUGAUGGAGUGCACAAUAUAUGCCCACUUAUGAACAAAUCCGGUGAAUCUAAAAGUGCAUCCUAUAUAAAAUCAUUAGAAAGAUUGCUAUACUUACGCCCGUUCUACCCUAUCAAGAGUAGCGGGUAGAGUAGCCAAGGAAACUAAGAUUUAGUAAGCAAUCCAUCGCCAUCGUAUUACUAUCCUAAGCAUCCAUUAUCCCACUAAAAACAAUGUGCUGCAGAGCUUCCUGCCUCGAGAUUGACGAGAAAUUCAUAGGAUACAUAGGAAUCCUGAUAGGUAGUGAUUACAUUAUCGGCUAUAUUGGCGGAAUACGGGAGAAUGUUCCAUUUCCUAUUGUGGUACUAAGUCUUCUGUUCAGCGGUGCAUUGGUAGCAUCAUCGGUUCUGUUAGUCUUUGGAGUAUCUAAUCAAAAAAAGCAUUUCGUUCUGCCGUUUCUCAUAGUCAAUGUGUUGUUCUUGCUGCGACUAAUAGUCGUCUUCAUACUGAAUAUGAUUUCUGGUUCCAUCGUCCUCUUCGUUCUAUUCAUUGUGAAUUCAGCAUUUUGGUCGUACUGUGGACUAUGCAUUCUUUCCUUCUAUCGGAAAAUUGGAACAUUACCAUCUACCAAUGUUGGAGCGUGAUUAUCAACGAAACCUAAGUAUGAGUGUGAUUACCACCGUAAUAAGUGUGUAUGUUAUUAUAGAAUAUGUUACUUUACCUACAUAGUUCAUAAAGUCACAUAUGUUAAAUACACGUAUCUUUUGCAAAA